CUCCCAGAAGCGUCAACGAGGCUACGCUCCGUAUGGCACUGCUAAACACUAGGUCACUGGUGAACAAGUCCUUCGUUGUAAACGACUUUUUUCUUGCAUCAAGGCUGGAUGUCCUGUUUCUAACAGAGACCUGGAUUCGCCCUGGUGAGUCCUCUUCCUUUUCGGAACUUCUUCCACUGGACUGUGCUUUCUUUAAUUCUCCUAGGACUGCGGGCAGGGGUGGAGGGCUAGCCUCGGUUUUUAGAAGUAAAUUCCGAGUGCGGCAACUGCCUCCCGCCUUGCACUCCAGCUUCGAAGUACAACUACUGGAGUUGUCCGGUUCCUCCCGGACCCUCUGUGCGGUGGUGUAUCGACCUCCGAAGCGCAACAAGGACUUUAUCCGUGAAUUUGCUGAUCUUCUAGGAAUUAUUUUCUUAAGUUAUGAUCGUGUACUUAUUUGUGGUGAUUUUAAUAUUCAUAUAUGCUGCGAGGAGGACCUAUUGGCUAAGGACUUUCUUGCCCUUAUUGACUCUUUUAAUAUUACUCAGUGGGUGAGGAAAUCAACCCACAUUAAAGGCCAUAUGCUGGACUUGGUAUUGUCGUAUGGACUGGACAUUUGCAUCACAGACAUCAAUGAUGCUGGGAUUUCGGAUCAUUUCCCAGUUAUUUUUGAUGUUCAGUCAUGCAAUAUGGAACUGAACUCUGAGGGUCCACCGAGCCUAUCACGUCCGAUUAAUUCUGAGGCUGUUGCUCUUUUUUCUGCGGCCUUUGCCAAUUCUUUUUGUUAUGAAGACAUCAGUAAUGCACCUCUCUCGGUUGAUGGCGUAGUCAACUCUUUCAUCUCUAUAUGUACUUCUAUUUUGGAUACUGUGGCUCCAGUAAAGAUUCGACGCCGUAAAACCUCACGCCAACCUUGGCUAAAUGAAUCCAUCCUCGCUCUUAGACGUGAAUGUCGUCGAGCUGAGAGAAGAUGGAAAAAAGAUCAACUUCAGGUGUCCCUUGACAUCCUGCAUAUGAGCCGGUCUAAAUUCCAGAAGGCUGCCAAAAUGGCAAAAACUUCUUUUUUAUCAAACAUUAUUGCGAAUAACAGCCAUAAUCCUCGAGUCCUGUUUAAAAUCUUUAAUUCAGUGGUUAAUCCCUGUUCGGAUGUUUCAAUGGGUGCCUCCCCGGCCCUCUG